AUGUCCAACACCCAAACAACACCACGAGAAACAGUCCAACAACAGCCCAGAAUGUCCCUGAGCACAAUAGCCCUCGUCCUCGGCGCCCUCACCGCCGGCGGUGGAAUCACAGGCUACGUUCGCACCGGCUCCAUCCCCUCCGUCGUCGCUGGCGUGUCCGUAGGCACACUGUAUCUUCUCGGCGGCUAUCGACUUCAACAAAAGGCGUCCUACGGCGUCGAAUUGGCUCUCAUCGCGUCUGUUGUGCUUGCUGGAAGCUCCAUCCCACGAGCGAUCAGGGGCGGGUUCAAGCCACUGCCGACGGGUCUGAGUGUAUUGGCGACAAUCGGCUUGGUCGCUUAUGGCAAUGCUUUUGUGAAUAAGACUAGGUAG